AAAAAAGAUCAAAAUCCCUCACCGCCCCGGUCCCAGCAUGGGACGGGAGCCUUCCCCACAAUAUAAUUAGAAUCCCACGCCUUCUCACCGGAAGGCGUCCACGUUCCGGUGGCAGCGCGGGGGGCGAGCAUUGGGGGUUGGCGGGGCGGGAUGGUUUUCGUUUGGAUCACCGCCUUCUUCCUCCUGAUCGCCCUCAUCGUUCUUAUCAUCUACCAGCUCAUGUGCUUGGCAGACCUAGAGUUUGACUAUAUUAACCCUUACGAUUCAGCUUCACGGAUAAAUAAAGUGGUUCUACCAGAAUUUGCCCUACAAGGAGUCUUAUGUCUGCUCUUCCUCCUGUCUGGCCAUUGGUUAUUGUUUUUGUUUUGUGCUCCUAUCGUUUACUACAAUGUGAGACUGUAUCAGCAGCAGCAGCAUCUGGUGGAUGUGACCGAGAUAUUUAAUCAACUCGACACGGAAAAGAAACGUCGCCUUUUUAAGCUGAUCAGUGUUGUUGUAAUUCUCUUUUUAUCUUUAUUCUGGAUGAUUUGGAGCAUGCUGGAGGAUGAUGAGUAGUCCAUCGAAACCCAGUAUCUAUGGAGUGUUUUACUUGCAUGAAACAUUAAAUUGCCAAUUAACCGAUGUCAACCAAUGUCCUUAAUAGCUGCUGGAGCCACAUCAGGGCAUUUGCUGGUGAUCCGGCAACAAGCUCCUGGAAGUGUGCAUCGAACUCAAAUUGGGUUGUCAUGCUCUAUUUUGUUAUGCUUCCAUGUAAAUACAAGAUUCUUAUCUGUUUGAUUGUCCAUCAAUUUCACCUGAAUGGUUGUUAAAAAGGGUGACUACUUGUUUACAUUCACGAAGAUCUUUGUAGUUGUAUGAUACUUAAUAUUUAUGUUAUUGAUAAAAUUCUGAGUGUUGAUUUAGAGCUUUUCAA